GUGAGACCCUCUCCUCUUUCAUUAAUCCCUCUGCGAUGAUCAAAUCCCCGCUCUUCUUCAGCCCCAGCCUCCCAUUCUCCAAGCCCCGAGCUAAACCUCUCCUCUCCUCGUUCAGCGCCAAAUCCCAAAUGGGUCCCCAAACUCUGCUCGAGUUCAUGUCCAGGCCCCAAUCGGACUCCAUCAGCAUUGGAGAUGACCUCGCCAUCCUGGUGACCCAUCUGCAGUCUGCUUGCAAAAGGAUCUCUUCCGUCGUCUCUUCUCCUUUUGGGUCGGAAUUUGGGAGAAGUUUGGCGGCUGGGGGCGAUGGGCCGGUGUCGGAUUCGGGUAGGGAUAAGCCCAAGCCCCUCGAUUUGGUCUCGAAUGACAUAAUACUAUCUUCCCUUCGGAGCUCAGGAAAAGUUGCUGUCAUGGCAUCAGAAGAAGAUGGAGAGCCAGUUUGGUUGACCGACAACGGCCCGUUCGUGGUUGUCACUGAUCCUCUAGAUGGUUCUAGAAACAUUGAUGCCUCCAUUCCAACUGGAACAAUUUUUGGAAUAUAUAGUAGGCUUUCUGAAUUAGACCAUCUUCCCGUUGAGGAGAAGGCACAGCUUAAUUCUCUUCAAAGAGGGACUCGGCUUCUUGCUGCUGGCUAUGUCUUAUAUUCAUCUGCCACUAUUUUGUGCAUUAGCUUUGGGUCGGGAACUCACGCAUUCACGCUGGAUCAUUCAACUGGAGAAUUUGUCUUAACACAUCCUACUAUACGAAUUCCUCCGCGGGGGCAGAUAUAUUCUGUGAAUGAUGCUCGAUAUUUUGACUGGCCUGAUGGUUUAAGGCAGUACAUUGACACCAUAAGGCAGGGUAAGGGGAAGUUCCCUAAAAAAUACUCCGCUCGUUACAUAUGUUCUUUGGUUGCUGAUUUGCAUCGGACACUCAUGUACGGUGGAGUAGUCAUGAAUCCAAGGGAUCAUCUUCGCUUAGUUUACGAAGCGAACCCUCUUAGUUUUUUAGUCGAGCAUGCUGGAGGUAGAGGAUCUGAUGGUAAAACAAGGAUUCUUUCAAUUCAACCGGUCAAGCUGCAUCAAAGACUUCCCUUAUUUAUGGGGAGCUCGGAGGAUAUGCACGAAUUAGAGAGCUAUGAUAAUAUUCAACAAAAGGUUAAUCCUGGUUAUGAAGUUUGAUGCUGAAAAAAUUUCAUCGCCAGGAUGAGAAGCUUUUUCUUGUAGUUUUAGUUGCUGUGUAAAGAAAUUUUUUGUAUUUAUCUAAGCAUGUCUACUUCUAUAUGUUAUCAGAUUGUAUAGUCUUCCUUAUAUAAAAAUCUAUACUGUUAUGAUGCUGGUUUA